GACAAAAGGGGCGGCCGCAUGGUGGGCGCUGCGCCGGGCGCUCCGCCGCUCGCCGCGCCGUUCGCCGCUCCGCCCAGCCCCGCCGCACCAUGUCGGGCGGCAGCAGCAGCAGCGCCAACGGCAGCGGCAUGGUGAAGAAGAGGAGCCCGGCGGGCUCGGCCUCGUCGCUGCCGCGGGAGGAGGAGAAGCAGGCGAUGGAGAAGAUGCUGGAGGCGGCGCAGGAGAACGGCUGCGCCCGCUCGCCCUCCGCCUGCGGCUCCGCCGAGGGGGUGACCCUGCAGCGCUCCAUCACGCUGCUCAACGGCGUGGCCAUCAUCGUGGGCACUAUCAUCGGCUCCGGCAUCUUCGUCACCCCCACGGGCGUGCUGCGGGAGGCCGGCUCGCCGGGGCUGUCGCUGGUGGUCUGGGCUGUGUGCGGCGCCUUCUCUAUCGUGGGCGCCCUCUGCUACGCCGAGCUGGGCACCACCAUCACCAAAUCCGGCGGAGACUACGCCUACAUGCUGGAGGUGUACGGCUCUCUGCCCGCCUUCCUCAAGCUCUGGAUAGAGCUGCUCAUCAUCCGGCCCUCCUCGCAGUACAUCGUAGCUCUGGUCUUUGCCACCUACCUGCUCAAGCCCAUCUUCCCUACCUGUCCGGUCCCUGAUGAGGCAGCCAAGCUGGUGGCCUGUCUCUGUGUCUUGCUCCUCACAGCAGUGAAUUGUUACAGCGUGAAAGCUGCUACUCGUGUUCAAGAUGCUUUUGCUGCGGCAAAACUGCUGGCGUUGGCUCUGAUCAUCAUCCUUGGCUUCGUGCAGCUUGGAAAGGGUGAUGUGACAAACCUGACUCCUGAGAACUCCUUCAAAGGCACAAAAACAGAUGUGGGGAACAUUGUGUUAGCUUUGUACAGUGGUCUUUUUGCCUAUGGAGGAUGGAAUUACUUGAAUUUUGUUACAGAAGAGAUGAUAAAUCCCUACAGAAACCUGCCUCUGGCUAUCAUCAUCUCACUACCUGUAGUCACUUUGGUUUAUGUGCUGACAAACUUGGCUUACUUCACGACCCUGUCGACGGAGCAGAUGCUGACAUCUGAAGCCGUGGCUGUGGAUUUUGGGAACUAUCACCUUGGCGUCAUGUCCUGGAUCAUACCCGUCUUUGUUGGAUUAUCAUGCUUUGGAUCUGUUAACGGAUCUCUCUUCACUUCUUCCCGGCUGUUCUUCGUGGGAUCCCGAGAAGGACACUUGCCUUCAAUCUUGUCUAUGAUUCACCCCAGGCUGCUCACACCCCUGCCCUCCCUCAUCUUUACGUGUGUCAUGACCCUGCUCUAUGCCUUCUCCAACAACAUUUUCUCAGUCAUCAACUUCUUCAGCUUCUUCAACUGGCUGUGUGUGGCUCUGGCCAUCAUUGGCAUGAUGUGGCUGCGUUACAAGAAGCCAGAGCUGGAAAGGCCCAUUAAGGUGAACAUCUGCCUGCCCGUUUUCUUCAUCCUGGCCUGCUUGUUCCUCAUUGCUGUUUCCUUCUGGAUGACACCAAAGGAAUGUGCGAUUGGCUUUGCAAUCAUCUUCAGCGGGAUCCCUGUUUACUUCUUUGGGGUCUGGUGGCAAAAUAAGCCCAAAUGGGUUCUCGAAGGCAUCUUUUCCACAACAGUCCUGUGCCAGAAACUGAUGGUGGUGGUUCCACAAGAAUCAUAAGCAGGAAAAGCAGAGACGUUCAGCUUGAGGAAACGCACAAUAUUAUUUUAAGACGACACAAGGAGAAAACGCUUCUGAUCCCUCGUAAAUGAAACCUAGGCACUGGAGCACCCCAUCAGAGCUGCUUCAUGUCCAGCACCAUGCCCCCGGCUCUGCCUUGCCUCCUCCAGCCCCUUCAUUGUCACCCAUCAGCCUGGCAGAUGAGCAACCUUGCAAUGAUAAGUUCUUGGUACGAACGUGGGCCAGGAGGAGCAAUUUGUGCCAGCAGCUUCAAAGCGGUCCUGCCCAUCUGGCGGCAGCGAGUCCAAUCAGCCUCUGUGUGUGUGUGUGUGUGUGAGUGAGAUACUGAGGGCUGGACUCCAGCUUACUUGGCUGGGUUACUUGGUUUGGGUCUGAGAUCCCCCAGACAACGGUGGUUCUGCUUAUAAGCCUGGUCUGAACGUUGCCAGCUGUAUGAAUGUGCCUGGGCUGGGACUGUUGCAGAAGCUGUAGGGUGGUCCUGAGCCUGGCCCACCAGCUUACCUGGUCAAGGCGGGGUGGUUGGGUAGCAAAGGUUGGCUGAUGUUGGCUCACAUGCUCACACACACAGAAACGCAUACCAAAAUACAUGCUGCUGGAUGCUUUGGGCUCUGUCCACUGGCGAUGACGUAGGCAAGCCAAGCCAGAGCAGAAUUAGUGUCAGAGAAAUGAUGUGGGGAAGCCUCUUCUGACUUUCUUUGCGUUCCUGACGAGCAUUCGGGGUCUCCUGCUUAGCUUUUAACUCUCAGAUCCAAGCCAUCUCCCUGCUAUUGAGCCAGUCCUUUGGGAUGCUCUUCACCAGAAUGCCCAUCCCAUGGCCCUGUGCAUUAGCACUGGGGCAGAUGCAGGCCUGAGGGUGGAGUUCCUCCUGAUAAUCCCAGGGAAUUGUAAGUAGCAGAAGGCCAAGUCCUUGGCUUGCUCACUCCAUGUUUUUCUGUAGACAGGCUGUCAUCCAGCAUGGGAUGAGCAACAUCACAGUCUCCAAAUGGCCCUGUUUGUUGCCCCUCAGUGUGAUUCAUGUUUGCCCCUAAACCAUUUGCAAAGAGAAGAUAAGGGUGGGAUUCCCUUGGCUCAUUCCCUGGGGAAUGCCUGUCACGGUGUCCUUUGUUAUGCUGUGUCUCUUCUAGAACAUACAGUGGAGAUGGGACCAAUUGGUCUGGGGUGUAGAAAGGGGCAGAUGUCCCUGGAUAGCUGUAGCUUGGCUUUAAUCUUGGUCUGCUGUAGAUGGUCUGUUUUGCUCUAAGAAGCAGGGACUGGGGCCCUGUUCCUCCUUCAUGCAAAACUGCAGCAUCAGGUUUGGCUCGGUGAUACGCCCCCACCGAUAUCCUUCCCGUUCAAGGAAUGGUCUUUGGGCACAUAUCACGAUCCACAUGUGAAAACUUGUUUUGUUGUUGUGGGUGGUGCACUCCCAUCCCCUGAGCCUAACCGGAGCUCCUCUAGUUCCUGUGUAAAGUGGCCUCUUAAGGAAGCAUUGGUUCAUUUGGUCAAAAGCAUCACUUUUUCAGCAUAGCUGCAGUUCUCGAACAAUUUGCUCAUAAUGCCUCUGCGCUCAAGUUGACAGCUGGAAAUCAAAAGCAUCUUUUUUUCCCACAAAUGAGCUGCUUCGAUCUCUGUUACAGAUCUUUGUGCUUGUGCUUUGUGCAAAUGGGUUGUUGAAAUUCUUUUUCUCUGCAAUAUUUUUGUAAACUAAGCUGUGUGGAAGCCAGGAUCCUCCAAGAGCGGAUUCUCCUCGUAGCAGAGAGUUACUUUGGAUGAAGAGGCAUUAAGGACGCCAACGGUACUAGCUCGUGCUUUGUCCUUUUAAGAAAUUCUUUAGCAAAACCGUGUGUUUAUUAUAGCAGGUGGCAGCUUCUGUUCAAGUGUGUGUGACAAUGACCGUGGUUAUGUCAGUGAGUGUCUAUGUGCAGCUCUUUGCUAUUGUUUCACCAACCAUCUGUCUUUGCUUUGAGGCAGUGCAGGAGGAAUAGGGGAGACAAUCAUCACACUGAAAAACCUUUGCUGUCAGGUUGCUUAUUCCCUGGCAGCACAGCAUAGAGAUACCCGAGCCAGCUCGGAUACCACUUUACACGUGUUAAAGUUGAGCUCUCCCGGAGAGAGACCUAACCUGUGGAGAGCUGCAGCUGAUUUGGGUACAUCUACAGUGCAGAAGAACCCAAAGUUGUGGCCAGUGCCUGGCUGUUCAGGGAGCUAUGUGCAAUGAAUUGGAGCAUCUCAUAUCCAGUGCCUGUGGAGAGACAUUUGCAUAAAUAAGGUUGUGAACCAUAAAACCUGAACUUGGUUUUUGGAAUCUUCUUCCUGCUGAAGGCUGAGAUGUUUUGGCAGCGUAGUGCUGUGAAAUCACUGCUUAUGCUGGACCUGUUUCAUUGAGAGAGAACCUCAGUCUGUCACCUUCCACUUGGUCUGCAGGUUUUUGGCUGUAACGGUUCCAUGGCUGGUUUCCUGCAGAGCCUGGGCUCAGUGUGGGGGCUCUCGGUGCUACUACUUACCAGCAGAAUUACUUGUCAUGCAAAGGAAAGGGAUUUGAACUCUCAGCCACCUCAAUCCAGUAUAAAUUAGCACUCAAGUCCAAGCCACUGAGAGCUCAGAAAUAGGUCCAAAUCUCCCAAAGGUGUGGGGGUUGCUUGGUUUUGACACAUCUUUAAAUGAGUGUGAUGAAGACCAUCACUACAACAUCCCCUCUUGGUGAACCUUUCACACUGGUUUAAGAAUAGAUGUCACACUGAGAAGUGUCAUUUUAUUAAUGAACUUAUCUUAAUUAAAUCCUUAACUUGCUUGCUCACUCCUGAUGAAUUUUCAUGGUUCUUCACUUGCUGCUGAACAUCUCUCACACUAACCUGUUGGCUCUGGCAUCGAUGCCAUAUGUUUCAUGGUGAUCUCGCCAGCAUCUCCAUGGCAAUAGAGGUGUAGGGAGAAACUGAACCAGGUAGCGGCGCAGAAUGGUGAAAAUGUUGAAUUUGGUCAGCCACAGCUCACAUCUCAUAGUUUGCCUUUUGAAAACCUGAUUUCUUUUAUCCCUGAGUCAUUGACUCUGAUAGUUCCCCUCCACCAGCACUUGUUGAUGUGGCCGUAAGAGGCUGGGUUAUUUUUUCCAGAAGGUCAGGGAGGCAGUUAGUAGAACUGAGCGUAGAACUGAAUUUCAUUUUACAAAGGAAACGCAGCUAAAGUAAUUUUUACUCCAACUGGCCAUGUUCAGCUGGAUUUUGGUAUGGAAAAAGAGAGACUACAUCCCCAUGAAAGCCCUCCUUGCUACUUCUUUUCCUCGAAUGUGGGAUGCGAUGGGUCAUAGAGGGCUAGGGGAGCAACAAAGACUUGACAGAAAAUUACUUAUCAUUCUCAGCACUGGAUGUGGGAUUUUUCUGUUGUUUCUCUAUUCAUUUAUGCUCUUCGGAGCCCAUGACCAGUCAUGCCUGUUACAGCCCUCCGAGGCAGACAAACCCUUCCUGCGAAGGACGCAUAGUCGCGGUGACCAUGAGUUUGCUUUCCUAAACAGUAGCUACAGUUAAACGAGGUACCAUGUGAAUCUAUUUCAUAUGACAGUAUUGUGCAAACACAGCAGAGCAGUUUUGUCAGUGGAGUUACAGAAUCACUAAAUCAUUUGGGUUGCAGAAUAGCUUUAAGGUCAUUGAGUCCAAGCAUGGAGCUGUGGCUGCAUAUUUCUACAAGUGAUGGCUGUGCCACAGUAGUCCAUUGGUCCUUGUACUAAAUCCCCUUUCAAUUAUUGCUCUUCUUAGCUUGUUUUUAAGUAUUUAGAGUCCCAGGCAGCUGGUUGGUUUGGGUGUUCGUGGAAUGGCAUCCUGCAGGGAUUGCUAAACAGUAGGGGACUGGCAGCCAGGCUCUUCCUUGCCCAUUGGGUUCCUCUUUCUAAAUGAGAAACCUUUUUCCCAACUACAAGGGGAACCAGCCUUGCUGAGCCCCGCAAAAUGCUCCUGAAAUGUCCUGGCCAAAAAUGGGGGGGAUUUAAGUCAUGCUAGGUGGAUUUUUUGUUGGUUUUGAUUUGUUUUUUUUUUUUAAACUUCCUGGAGCGUUUGCAGGGUUUCUAUCUCAAAUACCUUGUUCUGGUAAACACGCUUUUGUUUUUAAGGGCACCCUCUGUGGCUACUAACUUCAAAGGGACUCUGUCACUGCUGAACAAACUUUAAAGACCCUUCAACUGGAUUGAAACUCCUGUGAAGCGGCUUUGUUGUUCUCCGAGUGUUCUCCUUGUGGGCAGCUCAGGCAGGGCAAUAAACUGGCCUCCUCCGUGGGCUGCUCCGCUGUGGGUCUGCCUUGAGUGCAGAGCCCUCGAGGGACAGUGGUGUUGCAGCAGAGCUCUUCCCCGUGACUGCGACUUCCCAACCACGGAGAGAUGUUUGCAGUGGCAGAGUCCCAAUCUGGCUUGGGGAAUCACAGGGAAAGCUUCUACUUAGUCUGGGAAGGUACCCGUGCCUUCAGCUGAGGCUAUAGUGUUCUCGAGCUUUAAUAAAAAAUGAAAAAAAACCAUUAAAAAAAAGAAGAAGGAAGCAGCCCAAUGUUGUCGUUACACAGCACUCUGGCUGUUUGGGGCUGUUCUUCUGGGGCUUUUCUAUCAACCGGUUGCGCAAUUCCAUUUCUAAUGACACUAAAGGGGAUGGUGCUGUUGGCCAUUGAGAAAGGGCUGGAACAAAGCUUCCUACUGGAGCCUGAGAAAGGGCAACGCAGGGGCGAGACAGCUCCAGUUCCCCCAGGGCUCAUGCUGAGGUCUGCCGAGUUGGCGCCAUAACCUCAGCAGAGCCCCAUGAACUGAAUCAGAGCCUUGUGCCGGCGCUGCGAACCCCAGGAGCAUCUCUGGCUGCGGGAAGGGCCGGUGUGGCUCGAGCCGGCGGCACUUGGCUGCCAACCAGGGAACGCAGCCGGCUCCCUGCAGCGAUGGGAAUCUGCUCCUGCACCUCCACCGGGAAACCUGCCUGUACCAGGGCAGCCCAUGAGACCUUGGCAUUGAGCGAUGCUCGAGGGGCUUCUUGAGGAGUUGCAGCCGGCGAGCCUUAACGCUAGUUUUACCUGCACUUGAGAAGUUUCCACCCAGUUUACACAGUCUGAACUGGAACUAGCAGCUGGGGUGGGAGAUGCGGGCAGUGCUGCUGGGCUUGGUGGAACCAACAGUGCCCACUUUGGUGCAGGUGCUCUCUCCUGUGAGAUGUAGAGGUAGGAAACGUGACUUGGGUUAGGUUGCCCCUUAGGAAUCAAUGUCCGGAGGAUUAUUUCUUUGCUUUUAGCUCCCUUGUUCCUUGCGUGAGAAAGGGUGUUGCUUCCUCCAGUUGUUGAAGUGUUAAUCAUAAAAAAAAAAAAUUAUUUUUUUAAAUAUUGAAUUAAUUUUUAAAUGGCCUAAAAGAGACUUUAUAUCUACACCUAAAUUAUUCCCACUGGGUGACAUUCAUCUCAGCACAGGAGCUCUGCAAGCACUGAGAUGCUCUCCUGCAUCCCGGCCAGUGGGAUGUGGCAUUGUGGGGUCUGGCUGUGUCUCCUGCGCGGGAAUGAAUUUCACACAUAGGGAAAAAACCUUAGUUGUUCAGAGGAGAGCGUGAGGUCCGUGUCCCACCUAAAUCCUUGCAAAGGAAGCAUUUUAAGUGGUACCCAGACCUUGCGCUGGGCCGCAGAACAAAAGGAGGGUGAAAUUCCCUUCUGGUGAAUAAUCUGACUUUUCAGAGAUACUUUUCUUCUAACGUUUGUAUUUUUGUUGGUUUUUUUUUAAAAAAAAACACAGAAAAUAAAGGAUCUGAAAAUAUAGAAGAAAAUCUAGAUCUGAUUUUACAAUUUUGUUAUAUUUGGUUGCUUUGAAAGUAUUUUACUAAUUUAAAUGUUGCUGUAGAUGACAUUCUAUUUAUUUUAAGGGGUAAAUAUCUUCUAGUCUUAAUACUUCUACAGUAAGCGCCGUCUAUUUACAAUGUUUGUGUUCCUGUCGACACAGCUAUUCCACAACUGGCCUAGUGCUGGUCAGCCUGAAUCAAAUUGCCUUGUAAAACAAGAUGUCUCCUGCAAUGUAUUUUUUCUAGUAUCUCUUGAUUCUUUUAUGUCUGUGGUUAACAAAUCUGUUAAAUGUUUGGGUUGUUCUAUGUUUUGAGUCGUUUUGGUUUUUUAACAAAGAAAGCUGAAUUACAACUCUUUGUCUCUAAGCUCUUUAUGAUGCAAAAGGUUGACUUGCUUAUCCUACAUCCCCCAGCACCUGAGCGCUGGGUUUCCAAGCGUUCCUCUUGCAGACGGGUCUAGGAGCACAGCCUAGCAAUGGCAGCAUCCAUUCCUCUGUCUCCGUUCUGUUUUUUUUUAAGUUCUAGUUAGCGUUUCUGGUUUUGCAUGUGUUAAAACUUAAGGCAUGUGAAAGUGGGUGAGAUUUGUGCAAGAGGUGGGAGCAGAAGAUGCCCCAAUUCCCAGAAUAUAUCUGCACAGUUAUACAACACAGAUGCUGCUCUUGCUGCUGGUAGAAGCUUGCAGCCAAAGAAAAGGGACUUAACAGCAGGAAGGUUAUCAAACUCUGUAUGGGCAAAGUGAUCCUCUGCUGCAGUCCCUCUUCCCCGUGUCCUCCCACGCUGGAGAGGGCCUUGGCCAGAGGGAGGGGAUGUCGGGGUACAGAUGGGAGGUGUGAGGGUGGCUUGAAUGUUUGUGCUUUUGGGUGUGCCGAUGGCAGAGCUCAGAAGUUCUUCUUCGUAAAGGAGAGGAUGGUGUUCAAGGCUGUUCUAUUGACGCACGUGCACUUACACACUCCAAAGAGGAAAAAUAGGCAUGAAAUGCUAAAGGAGCUUAGGAAGGUUGCAGAGUAGUAAAGAGAGACCUCAGUGGUGCCCACGUAGGGUGAAUAGAUGUUGCACACAAAGUUCAUACUGAGUUUUAGGUGCUACAGUCAAGCGAUGUCUCGAACAAUGAGAGAAUUCACAAAAGAAAGGCAAUUCUUGAUUUACUCUCGAGCAUUGCGGCUGUUUCAAAAAGUAACGCUGGAAGAGACAAUACAGUGUUAAAUGCUCAAACCCAACAUCCUCCUAAAACCAAAGUAACAUUUAACUUCUAUAAAGGAAGAAGAUAGAGGUGCAGAAAUGAGAACACAGCUGCAAGGAUAAUGUGUGUGACAACGGGCACAGAAGCUCUUCUCUAUGGCGUUGGAGACUCUUAGUGACGGAAUUAGAGUAAUCUAAUAGUAAUAUCUCUAAAAGCCAGCACAGCUAAAGAGCAGAAUAGCCUGAGCCAUUAGUGAUUUGAAAGAAAGAAAGAAAACAGAAGAGCAAAUUACAUAUAAAACCUCAAUAAGGCAAGUCAAUGGCACGUUCACAAGUGGGACGGUGAUGGCACACGGAGAAGGGCUGUGAUUCCCACAGGAAGCCUGCCAGAGACACGGUGGUUCCCGUGCUGUGCUGCAAAGCGCUUUAGCAGACAGAUAAGACAGUAGCACAGAAAUUAAAUGAGUUAUUUGCGUCGUGUUUGCUACAGGCUUGCUUGGAGAUGUUCCCUUGCUGGAGCCUUUCUUCACAUGGAGCAAGCCAAAGGAAUCACUGCCAGAUAGUGUCGUGUUUUGGAGCAAAGCUCCAGCUGUGGGGUUCAGAGGCCUUCAAGAGCCACAAAGGGUCCCAGAUCAGACUAAGUGCUACCAGCAGGCGUCUGCAACCCACUGCACAACACAGCAAUGAUGUCUGUGAUACAGGAGGUGGCAAAUGGGGUGCCGGUACAAGUAAAACCGGGAGUAGCCCAGACUCGGUGCAGGAAGCUGUUGUAGAGGAUACAGUGAGCAGAGAGAUGGAGAAGAGCAGCCUGGGGAGAAAGAAGUGGCUUUCUUACAGAGCAGUCAGUCCUCAGCAGACCACCAAGCUUCUAAUGCCUUUUAUCCUUGGGGUUUCAGCAGGCCCGGGUCUCACUGAGCUUCCCACAUGUUUGAAAGAAGGAAUUAAUUUCACUGAUAAUUGUUUGGGAGACUGAAAGCAUUGGCAUAAGUAGUUAAGAGUUGGGGGAGGUGGUCUGCAGAGCUUGUGUGGGGGUCUUUUUGUGGUUCAGGCCAGUUCAGCACGCAUGAUCAGGAAAAAGAGAUGGACAGAGGUGGCAAAGUCUCCUGGAGAACGAGCAGUAUUCAGGCUCAUCAAAUAUAAAGGUGAUUGUAAUGAGAGAUCUCCUGGCAAGGCAAUAAAACAGCAGAUGAGAAGAGCGUAAGGAAGCGAGAAUGAAUAAAACCAAUUCCAGUGACUCUGUACUGUUGCUCCAUGUGCCUGUCCUGAGCGCUGGGCUGGUUUGGCCACCCCACCAGGACCUGGGGCUGCGUGAGCGGGAGAGGACUCUGGCUCGCUGUCGCACCAGCACUGGGCAAACACUCGGGCAGACGGCUCGAAACAAAGGCAGGAAGUGUUUUCGCACACGGCAGCAUUAGUAAUGUGCUCAGUGUCAGGGGAUGUUGUUGAGACAACUUUUAUGUCUGCGUUAAAGUUCAAAAAAGAGCUCAGAUAAAAGGAUUUGUUAUUAACUGCAGUCUCUGCCUCAAGGAGCACUAUCUGUGUGAGUCCAAGGCUGGAAGGACAACCCUGGGCAGGGAUCAGACCUCAUGUUUCAUAUGAGUUUUCUCUGAAAGGUCACUGUUGAUGGGGUGCUGGAGAGAUGGUCCUUUGGCCACGUGUUGGUUCUUUGUUCACACCGAGUUGUCCUUUGCUUUGGGGCUGCUGUGGCAGCCGUGCCUUCAACUCCGGAGGAUGGACACUGAUGGGUCAGUGGUGGCAGGGGAAGCCCCACAGUGGCCGAAGAAGCCCAGUGCUGGGCUUUACCUGGAAGGACUCACUGUGUGGGAGCCACGUGUGGACCCAGCCUGGUCCUCGGGCAGCACUGAGGUGUCUAGAAGCAUCUCCCCAGCUUCGGUCCUUUGUCCUGACAGCUGGAGGUUGCAGUGGUGAUGGGAGGGGGCAGGCAUGGGAAAGCAGCCCUUCUGGAGGACACACGGGCAGGAAGACUGGUGUUUUUCCACCCUUGAACCAAAACCAUGACAUUUUUCUCUCCAGCCCCAGGAGCACACGUGUGUUUGAGCGGCACAGGGGGGUCUGCCACCAAAGGCGGGUGAGCCCGUGAAGCAGCAGGUAGAAAUGCCUCUGCAAGCUGGAGGCAAGCCCAGCAAAAAGC